CUUCCGAGACAGCGGAGUUGACGACUUGAGUUCGGCAGUCAGUAUUAGCCAGUGGCAGGCUCCUCGGAAAAUUGCCCUCGAACGGUCCAAUAGUGAAAACGCGAAGGCGGUGCUUACUGUGGCCUUGCACCAAACAGGAAUCGGUUGAUAGUUAAAGCUCUAUGUGAAACCUAUAUUGUUAUUUUGUAUGUAUGUGUGUAUUUGUUGAUGAAAAGGGGUACGCAGGCAAAUGGAUUGCCGUCUUCUUAACAUGGGCUUGUUUUUGUUCCACGCUGGCCCCGUCCUUCUUACAGCAGAGACAAGUGAUGCAAGUUCCGCGGAGAACAAAGUAGUCUGUUAUGGAGUGAACAAUCAGAGCUACAGCUGUGAUGCUGGCCAUUGCUGUGGGGAGUCGCAGUGCUGUAACUACUACUAUGAGCUCUGGUGGUUCUGGCUGGUUUGGACUAUAAUUAUAAUACUGAGCUGCUGUUGUGUUUGUCACCACCGACGCACAAAGCACCGGUUGCAGCAGCAACAGCGGCAGCAUGAAAUAAACCUGAUUGCAUACCGGGAAGCGCACAACUAUACCUCCCUGCCAUUCUACUUCAGGUUUUUGCCAAAUUAUCUACUGCCUGCCUAUGAGGAAGUGGUGAACAGACCUCCAACCCCACCUCCACCGUAUAGUGCCUUGCAGCCGGGCCCUCCAGCCAGCAGCAGCCCCUCGAGCCCAGAGCAAGUAGACAGAAACCCUCAGGCGGCACAAGUGAACACCCCACCAGCAGCUAACGAUGCCAUCUCCCAACACCCCAGCACCCUGGAAUCUGAGCCACCCACAGCCUACAUCCGGAGACAAGUCACAAAGCCUCAUGUUGCUAUCGAGCAUGACAGCCUGGAUGCCUGCGCAGAGGAACUGGCUGAUCCAGCAGUCUCUCCAGACAAGGAAGGGGACUGUCAGAAAGAGCUGCUGAAAGACUUGAGCUGUGAAACCUUCUCGGACGACAAAGACAAGACCCCAGGAAGGCACCGGCGCUUCACCGGAGAUUCAGGCAUCGAGGUGUGCGUCUGCAGCCGGGGGAGCGAGGCAGACGAUCUCAAGGAGCUGGACGGACUGCUUGAUGAAGGAUUGGACGGACCCAUGGACUUCUGCGAUGGCUGCAACACCUGUGACCCCCGAGCACACGAGGAUGAGGAAUUGGGACUGGCUGUCCCAGAGAGACACCAGGACAAUGGGGAGCCUUCGCUGUCUCGGCAUCCGACCUGCCUGUUGCUGCACACUAUAAAUGAGCAGGAAUCCCCAAACAGUCAGAGUGCCAGCAGCGACCCACAAAGUUGAGCACAGGUUUGGUGCGUAGAAAAAGAGUUGAACAGAAACAGACUUUUGUUUUGUGAUGGUGGUGUUUGAGGGGUGUCUGUGGUUGUUUAUUUCUCAGUAAGACCCAGCAAAGCCUUUAGUAAAAUGAGUGCUGUUCUGCUUUCAGAGGAGGACACCACUUUUUUUAAAUGUUUUUAUUAAACUUUACAAGGAGUGUAUGCUACAGAAAUCGAGGUAGUUUGCAUAUUUGGAAGGCAGACUGUUUCAUGAAAUGUUCACACCUUUGUUACAAGGAAUUUGUGGCCUGUUCCAGGUAAGCAGACUGGCAACUGUACGCACUGAAGUGCUUUGCUGGAAAAAUAAAACCGGAAGAUUUUGUCUCCUGAUUGCUAAUUUUAAUUAGGAUUACAAUCAAGGAGUAAUACUGGGAAACAGAUGGUGUCUUUUACUUGCUUUUGAAAAUACAUCAUUUGAUUUGUUUUUUUGUGGUGGAAAAGAGGCAGUUAGACCAGAAUCUCUUCUUGGAUAACAAACAGCUUCAACAGAGAUCUCUUCAGAAGGAAUAUUCUUGCAUACAGGUAAUGGAUAAUGGUGGGAUUUCUCUUGUCCCUCUGUGCAACACACAUGAUGCCCAGAUUUGUUGUGUGUGUGGGUAGUAUUUUAAUUUUAAGUGAUAUUAUUUUAAGAGCCAAAAAGCAACACGUUGCUGCUUUUGUAAGUGCAUGUGUGUACAUGCAUCAUACAAUCACUUCACACAGUUAUACAAGGAAAUUAUCUUUUCAGUUCUGAUCUGGGACAGUUCUUACUGUGUUUCGAUCCUUCUAUUCAAGUAUCGAAGACUUAUAAAUGACUGUUCUUUUUAGAGCAAGUCCUCUAGGGUGUUAGGAGAUUUGUUUUUCUAUAUAAAAUGUUUUCUAGCAAAAUAUAUAUAUUUUUUUGUGUGUACUGUAAGCUUUAAAUUAAGCAUUUAAAAUGUGCUGGCUAGGUUUUUGAUUUUCUUCACUAGGCUAUGAGUAAAGUCACCUCCUUUUCACCUCGGCUAUAGUUGAGUGCUGAAAUGAAAACGAUACCUUACAACAAUCAAUCAAUGACUUUGCAUGGAAUAAAAAAGUAAUCUGCAACCCUGCUGUACCACAAAGGGUACUAUAUCAUAAUAUAGCUUUACACACUGAAAUCUGUUCUAUUUCUGUUAUUUUCCAUGGUAUAUACAGUCUGCGAUUGGUAUCCUGAAACAAACAGCAAUGGUACCUGUUAAGUUUGACUCCCGUCUGUUUGUUUUAAGUAAUUACUAAUAUUCCGCCUAGGAAACGCUGAUGGCUCAUUAUGUAUGUUUACAAAGCUGGCAGACCUGUUGAGCAGAUAAAAAUAAAACGGGGGGGGGGGGUAAUAAUUGGAUACACAUCCAUGAAUAACCGAGAAUAAAAGCCAAGUGUAUGAGGGAAGGGGGAAAAGGGUCGUAGUAGACAUGACCUCAAAUUGAUUUUUAAUCAGAUUUCAUAGGUUCAGCUUAAAGGAGAGUAAAAACUUUGCACAUCUCAAAAGGCAUCUCAGUACAUUUCAGAUGGAGGCCUCCUGGAGUUAUCUAAGAUUACUUAGAGCUUUGUUCCAGCAAAGGCAUACUAGAGAGAGAAGCAAACUAUACUGCAAAAAAUUGAAAAACAAGUUAGUGGACAAUACCAAGUACCAUUGCUUGAGAAAUUCAGUACCAGUAUCUACUGUCUCCUAAAUGAACAUUAUACAAUUUACCUAGAUAUCUGUUACAGGUGUAAACGUGCAUUUUAAUGGGAAAGGAUACUAGUUUUUGUUAUCCUAGGCGGUGUCUGUCUUUUGUGUUCUAAUCAUAAGUACAAGCCAUUGUUUUGCCUUUUAUGCCAACAGAUUGCCCUGCUGGCUCUGUUCGGACACCUCAUUUUCAAGGGCCUUUACUUGACAAUAGAUGGCCUUAGAUUAUUAAUGCUGCAUAAUUGCUGAAGAAAAUAGUUUUUUUAUGCACAAGUGCAAAACUUAAUUAUUUUUAUGUUAAAACAUACCAGUUACAUUAUUUUUUGAAGAAAGAUGAUUAUAUUCAAUUCAUAUUACUUUUAUAAAAGCAUUGUGUUAAAGGCCACUUUAAGACUUGUGUACAGGUGGAAAAUAAAUAUCAAGUUCUGUGUUGAGGAUGUAUCACCUUUUUUGUGUGUGUGUGUGUGUGUGUUGUGGAGAUCAAAGCACAACUGCAUGAUAGUGUCGCGUAUAUAACGCAAUGCUGAUCCAACCUGCCAGGUGGUGUUUUUGCAAAUUCUAUUGUAAUUCCUUGUUUUAAAGAAAGAAACUGACAAAAACAGCACACAGUUAAAUAAAAAAUAUGAAUGCAAUUUGAAUCUACUUGCUCAUUAAAGAAUUUAGAACAUUGGGUUUUGUUUUUUUUUUUUUUUUUGGGGGGAGGGGGGAAUAGAAGUGAAAGUUGAUUUGGGAGGGCCAGCUUUGCCCAUCCCUGGAAGAGACAUUCAGUUGUAAAAUAAUGUGGAGAAGGGGUCUAAAAUUGUAUGCACGCGAAAAGCUGGGCGACACAGUGCAGCUUAACCCAGAACAGAGAAAGAUUACUUGGCAUUACAGUGGGAGAAUGUAAGAAUUGAAAUAACUCGUCGUUUAGAAAAACAUGAGCUUAUGUGUUUUCUUUUAGUUUGUUUUUGAUUAUUAAGAAAACCAGAUUUCAGCUUUGUAGACUACACUGUUUUCCUAUGUUCAGAUAAUGUAGAGCAGUUAAGGUAGUUCAGUUAUUUGGAGAAAAAAAAAAUGAUUAGCGUGUGCAGUAUCUUAUGUCUGAUUCAUAUUGACAAUGAUGAUGAAAGUGUUAAAUCUGCUGUAAUGGAAAAUGCAUGAAAAGUUUUUUUGUUUGUUUUUUUUCCCCCUAUUUUCUAUUUUAGAAGGUGCAUAGUAGCAUUUUGGAAAUACUGAACAUGUGUAAAGUGUGUUCUGAUAUAAUAUAUAAAAAGAGAUCUUCAAAGUUAUAAAUACUUGUUAAUGAAGUGUUUCUGAGGUUCUUGCACUAUGUUAUUGUUACAAGUUAUGUACUAAGGGCUUGUACUGUCUACAGAAUAUCACUGAAUAACAGACAAUACAAUAUUUCUGUAUAUGUAGGCUUUUAAUGAAAUGUAUGUAUUGUUUCAUUCUUGAAUAUAUGCCCUUUUUGAAUGUAUUGUUUAAGUUCAAAGAAGCCACUGGGGCCGAUGCAUUUAAAGGAGAGAUUAAAAAAAAAUACUACAA